AAAGCAUGCGCUUGCUCGAAGUGUCACUAAAUUUGCCCGUCUGGCUGGGGUUUGACAGGGCUUAAAAGUCAUAUUUAAUGUCCGUUUAAGACGUACCGCUAUCGUCGGUGUCGCCAGGCACGCAAAGUUAAGCGCUCACAAAACAUCCCCAUCCAUUUUCAUCUUCACGGAGAACUUCCUUAAUUUCAAGAGAGCCUGCCCCCUGCUGGCUAGUUGGUACACGGUCAUUUAGAGGGAAACAGUACAAGUUUGCGCGGUUCCUGUUUCUCUUUUUUCUUUCUUAUGGUUUUUUUUUUUUUUUUUUGACGCUCGCCUUUCGGCUAACCUGCCAAUUCUCCACGUAUGCCGUCUUUAACUCCCAACACACGUUCCUGCGCCAGCUAUCCAUGCAAGCUGAAACGAUAUCUUUUAUUUAUUUUGGCCCAAGCUAUGAGCGUCUUAUUUAUUUAUUUUCUUUACUUAUGAAGCUCAUAUUCUACAAUAUGUAAAUAGUUUUGUUCGGGCUACUUAUACUCUCUCCAUGAUUUUCAGUUGCUCUAAGAAGCUUACAUAUAUGAGGACUUCCCGUCUUAUGACGAGUAGAAGUUUGUGGGUUCGAUACGCAAAAUGUUUUCUUUCGCGGUAACUAAAUGCCAUCGAACCAGCCUCUUCGCUGUUAGUUUUGAUUUCGCUGCCACUGCCACGGAAGGAGCCCUGCAAAAUUCGGGCACUGAAAACGAACAUACCAACUUUUCUCGAGUAGACAGUUUUGAAUAAGACAUAUUUCGUCAGACAACCUCACCGGCGCUUCCAUAACCGUAGCAGAUAGGUUCCUGCUUGUGGAUGAGCGCAUUCCUGGCCGACCAAUUAGUCGGCCAAUCAAUUAGCGUCCUGCCGGCGACCGCGCGCGCGUUCAAGCCCCGCAACGCCCGAUUUCUCUUUCCGGAUCGUUCCGGUGGCGAAGUCAGGUCCUCGCGAAGGGGGUCAACCGCACCGUCACUGCGAAACACCCCGAGAGGUGUGCGAGGGUCCCUCCCUCUCUCCACUGCCAGGCCAGGCUGGGCCGCGGAGGAAAACCGGUCUUUCUUCUUCCACCACUGCCGCGCGCUCCGCACUGUGCCCUUCCAGGCCGCCGACGACGACGUGGAGGAACGAACGCCUUGGGCCUAACUGGAAUCCGCGCCUCGCUUCCUAAGAAAAAAAAAGAACACCUGGUCUCCCCGCCGCGCUACCCCGCUUUCGUCUCAACUCGACCACAGACACAUCGACCGACCGGCAACAAGUGACACGUGAGCAGCGGGUCGGGAGAUCGCGGUGUGACGACCAUGUUGACGUGAGAAGAGGCCUGUGCAGCAAAGCGAAGCUUCGCCCCGUAGUCCUGCAAGGAGCGAGGCAGCGCGACAAGGCGGUGUCAACGGACUGGCGCCACACGGUUCUGAGAGAAACGGCGAGGUCGUCGAACACGGCUAUGUUCUCCUUCGGAGCCUCGAAGCGCCGACUAGGCCUCGCUUCGCUGUCACUGGCGGCACUGCUGGCCAUGGUUCUGCUUCCAUCGCUGGUCGAAGGCCGUCGUACGUCGCACUGCUACGUGUGCCGCUCUAGGGGCCAGCUGGGCGACUGUCGGGACCCGUUCCCCUACAACGAGACCACGGUCGAAGGCGUUCGUGGGGUCGAGGCCUCGCCGUGCGCCUCCAAAUGGUGCGGAAAGCUCGUCGAAGGACGGGACGAAGACUUCGACCUUGCCACCGAGCGGAUGUGCUUGCAGCGACCCCCAGACGAUCUGGAGGAGAGGUGCGCCGAGACUCUGUACCAAAACAGACGCGUCUACAUGUGCUUCUGCCGGGGAGAUCUGUGCAACGGGGCCCACAGGACUACGGCCGCGGGCUCUGCAGCCGUCGUCUUUGCCCUCGCAUCGGCUUGGGCAAUUCGCUGCGCGCUGCAGUUGUGACGAGAGCAGCCGUUAGAAGAGUGCAAGCACUUCAGGCUGGUCAACAUAACCGGGACGAAGUAUUUAUAAUGUUAAGCAUCACAAAAACGUUUAAAGCAUGCGGACGUCGUGUACAAGCAUCGUUCACUUUCCCGUUAACGCGGUGCUAACA